GCCCACGCAAGGUUAUGCUCUAUCCUGGUAUAUCUAUAUCUAUGGAUUUGAACGCAGCCGAUCGCAUAGAAGCGCUCGGCCAUUUUCGCGUUUUGCUUUGACGGGUCAACGGGUCUUCCGUUUCCUGUGAAACUAAAAUGAAGAUCGGACUUUGCGCGUACAGUGGAUAUAAAAUAUAUCCCGGCCAUGGCAAAACCAUGGUCAAAGUGGACGGAAAGACGUUCACUUUCCUUAACUCAAAAUGUGAAUCUGCACACUUAAUGAGGCGCAAUCCUAGAAAAGUGACGUGGACCGUCCUUUAUAGGCGCAAGCAUAAGAAAGGCCAGGAGGAGGAACAGGCUAAGAAGAGAACACGCCGCACUCAAAAAUUCCAACGCGCUAUUGUAGGUGCAUCUCUUACUGAUAUCUUGGCUAAACGUAACAUGAAGCCUGAGAUCAGAAAAGCCCAGAGAGAGCAAGCUAUUAAAGCUGCAAAAGAACAGAAAAAGGCUGCUAAGGCUACAAAGAAAGCAACUGCUCCCCCCAAGGCAAAAGCACCUGUUAAACAGAAAGCGACAAAAGUAACGCAAAAAUCUGUUCCUCGUGUUGGAGGAAAGCGUUAAACUUAUUGUAAUAAUACAAAUAAAGUGUUUCUCACUUAAGAAGUA